AUGUCUGCAUCACUUUUCCAACUGGGCACUUGCUUCACGACCACUGACCAUCUAACGUCUGAGGCGUCCGUCAGCAAAACCAUCUCUGCAUCCGGGUUUGGGAACGCGAGGGUGGCUUCAUCAGCCAGAGUCUGCUUCAUCGCGUCGUACGCCGCGCAUUCCUGCUCGUGUGUUCUGCAGAGGACGUGCGAAUCGCGCAUAGUCUACGAUACUGUCUCUCAUCCAGCCUGGAUGCGCUAUGAGUCAUGCUUCACACCUUCACCGUUCAUCACUUUCCCACACCACUUCACCUCACGUUUAUAUACGCAGGACUUCGAAACACUCAACUUGAAGCCGAACUUGGCCGUCAACUCAAGCAUUUCCUGCAACUUGUCCAGGUAUGUGUCAAUGUCGGCGGCGUACAACAGUAAGUCGUCUAUCCAGACUAACAAAUGCUUGUACAGCGGUGCUGCAAAGCACCGCUCAAUGGUCGACUGGAAAUACAACGCAGCGUCGACACUGCCUUGA